AUGACUGCUGAUUAUGAUUCACAUCCUUCUGACCUGGCGGGUCCGGGUCCUCAGUCGGGAGUGACGAUUGACAGUCUCAAGAAAGCAAUUCCAAAGCAUUGCUUCAAAUCAUCAUAUCGACAAGGAUUCACUAUUCUGUUUCAAGACCUCUCCACCGCUGCCCUCCUCGCCCUCCUAGCAAUCAAAUUCAUCCCCCUAAUCCCAUCAACCGCCCUUCGUAUCGCUGCCUGGGCUAUAUACGGCCUAACCCAAGGCUUCGUCUUCACUGGCAUCUGGGUCAUAGCCCACGAGUGCGGCCAUUAUGCAUUCACCCCGUCCAAGCCGCUCAACGACACUCUUGGCUUCAUCCUACACUCCUUCCUGCUAACCCCCUACUUCUCCUGGAAAUCCACGCACCGCAGACACCACAUAUACGCCAACAACAUGGCCCUCGACCACAACUAUGUCCCGCCGCGCGCAGACGAGUACUCUGCCUCCUUCUCCUCCCGCAUCGAAGACCUCACCGAAGACGCCCCCCUCGUCACCGCCCUACGCAUCCUGCUCCAACAACUUCUCGGCUUCCCCGCCUAUCUGGCCCUCAACAUCACCGCCGCCCCAUCCUCUCUUCCUGCGAAACCCUCCUCGAGGCCCCUCGAAAACGGCCACUUUGCCCCCUGGGGCGCGCUCUUCCGCGCCGAGGAGGCGCACCUGAUCCUCGCCUCAGACGCCGGACUCAUGGCCAUGUGCGGCAUCCUACACUACGCGCGACAGCACGUCGGGAUCGCGACUGUAUUCGCAGUAUACGUCGUGCCGUACCUUUGGACAAACCACUGGAUCGUAGCCAUCACGUACCUACACCACACCCACACAGAUGUACCCAAGUACGAAGCAGACGCAUGGAGUUUCGUGCGCGGCGCAACAUCGACAGUAGACCGCGAUCUCGGCAUUGUGGGCCGUGUGUUCAUGCAUGGCAUCGUGGAUUACCACGUGGUGCAUCACCUGUUUCCGCGCAUCCCUUGCUAUCAUGCGCGCGAGGCGACGGAGGCGAUAGUGCCUGUGCUUGGCGAUGCAUAUCAUAGCGCGAAGACGGAGAACUUUAUGGCGUCGUUGUGGCGCACUUUUGUCGGGUGUCAGUAUGUCGUGCCGCGAGGGGAGACGGCGGGGGUGCGGGAUGGGAAGCUGUGGUAUAAGGGUGGGAGGUGUCCGCCUGUGCAGACUGGUAUGGGAACGAAGAGGUGGUUGAUCUGGCCUGAUGUGCUGUAG